UCAGUUUUGUGUCACUCCCCCUCCUCCAUUGACAUACUAUUGAAUUUCUCACCAUUCCUUCUAAUUAAACUCCACCACCCCUUACCAUUCUCUCAAACUAAACAACCCAUCAUGAGGACUUUGUGUCCAAACUUGGCUAACCAAGAUGCUCUAGAAACUGUGCUCGAAGUUCCCAUCCCGGAGGAGAGUUUCCAUGCUACCAAUGACACCAACAGCACCGCCUCAUGGCGGAGCAUGAAACCACCGAUUACACCUCAUUCAACCGACUACGGUGGUCGGAAUGCUGAAAUUCAGCUGUUGCUUGGAGUCGUUGGUGCACCUCUCAUCCCUCUUCCCAUCCCUUCCGGUCACCCUAACUUCAUCAACCCAAACAUCAAUGACCACCAACCAAUCGAGGCUUCAAUGGCGAAAUAUAUCGUGCAACAAUAUAUAGCGGCGACGGGAGGAGAAAGAGCUCUGAAUUCAGUGGACAGCAUGUUUGCGGUGGGGAAGGUGAAGAUGGUGGCGUCGGAGUUCAUAGCCGGAGACGGAAUAAGUAUGAACUGCAACGGUCUGAGUCUGGGUGGCAGCGUGAUGAAAAUCAAGAGUGUGAGAAACGGUGGUGGUGAAAUGGGAGGUUUUGUGCUGUGGCAAAAGAGACCCAACCUUUGGUCUUUCGAGCUGGUGGUUUCCGGUUGUAAGAUCAGUGCCGGCAGCGACGGGAAGGUGGCAUGGAGGCAGACUCCAUGGCACCAGUCCCACGCCUCUCGUGGACCCCCUAGACCUCUCCGUCGUUCCCUACAGGGUCUUGAUCCAAGAUCAACGGCCAAUUUGUUCACAAACUCCAUUUGCGUUGGAGAAAAGACCAUCAAUGGAGAAGAUUGCUUUGUGUUAAAGCUUGAAGCCGAGCCUUCAUCUCUGAAACAAAGAAGCAGCAGCAAUGUGGAGAUCAUACACCACACUGUUUGGGGGUACUUUAGUCAAAGGACAGGCCUUUUGCACCAUCUUAAAGACUCGCAUCUCAUUAAAAUCAAAGCACUUGGAAGUGACAACGUCUUCUGGGAAACAACCAUGGAAUCAUUGGUUCAAGAUUACAGAGUUGUCGAUGGAAUCAACAUUGCUCACGGUGGCCGCACGACUGUUUCGCUGUUCCGUUCUGGCGAGAAAUCCGAGAGCCAUUCACGAACCAAAAUGGAAGAGGUUUGGAUGAUCGAGGACUUGGAUUUUAACAUAAAGGGUCUCUCGAUGGACUGUUUCUUGCCACCUAGUGACUUAAAGAAAGUUGUCGAUCAAGAAACCGAUGAUGUCGUGAGCAGUGACACCAGGAAUGCUCAAUUCACCUCCAAGAAUAGAGGCAUGAGGUUUGGUGUUUCGAAGGUUAUGGAUUUCGAUCCCACCAGAUAGUUGGGAAUGACGGAAGAAUUAAAAGUUUAAAAUACCGAUGUCUUAUAAUUUGUUUAUUUUGUAAAUACGGUGUUUGUCGAAAGUUCGUUUGAGCUUCUGCUACAAAACUAGAUAGAUUUGUGUUUUUUUCGCAUUG